UGUCGAUUUGAAUUUAGGGUUGUAGUAGGAAGCUUUCCAUUACCCUUUCAUGGUAGAACAUUGUUGUUGGGAGUUCUUUUUAAGUUUUUGUGUGCAUCAACUUUCUUGUUCCAUCUCCCAAGUCAAAUAAAGUUCAAUAUCUUUUCAAAGAAUCAAGCAGUAUAUUGAUUUCCUGCUUCACAUAUGAUUCUUUUUCGGCUACCCAAUUCCCACUCUUGAAAGCAACAUUUCAACUUCACGAGUCUAAGAUCAUUCCUUUCAACUAUUCAUUUUAUGGAGAAAUCUUGUGAUUAAGGUUUAAACUGCAGUGGCUAUACAACAGUGAUGAAUGAAUAUUUCUCAUUUUCUUCACCAACUCCAACUCUGCGCCAGACGCCAAUCCGCAUCAGCUGCCGGAGAACUCCAUUCUCAGAUUAUCAAAGCUGGUUUCGACAAAUCCAGCCUUCUCUCAAACACUCUUUUGGAUGUAUAUGGAAAAUGCGGUCUCAUUCCACAAGCCCUCCAACUGUUCGAUGAAAUGCCCAACAGAGACCAUGUCUCCUGGGCCUCGAUUCUCACCGCCCAUAACAAAGCUCUUAUUCCUCGACGGACCCUUUCAAUGCUUAACACCAUGUUUACGCAUGAUGGGUUGCAGCCUGAUCACUUUGUCUUCGCCUGCAUUGUCAGAGCCUGCUCCAGUUUAGGGUAUUUGCGCCUAGGUAAGCAAGUUCAUGCUCGGUUUAUGCUGUCUUUUUUUUGUGAUGAUGAGGUAGUUAAGUCGUCUUUGAUUGAUAUGUAUACUAAAUGUGGGCAACCCGAUGAUGCUCGGGCCGUUUUUGAUUCCAUAUUGUUUAAGAAUUCCGUUUCUUGGACUUCUAUGAUUUCGGGGUAUGCUAGAAGUGGGAGAAAAUGCGAGGCUAUGGAUCUUUUUCUGCAAGCUCCUGUGAGAAACUUGUUCUCCUGGACUGCUUUGAUUUCGGGGUUGAUUCAAAGUGGGCAUGGAAUUUACUCCUUUUCUUUGUUUAAUGAAAUGAGGAGAGAAGGAAUUGAUAUUGUAGACCCUUUGGUUCUUUCAAGUGUUGUUGGAGGUUGUGCAAAUUUGGCUCUUCUGGAGCUUGGGAAGCAAAUUCAUGGCUUGGUUAUAGCUCUUGGCUUUGAGUCUUGUUUGUUUAUAAGUAAUGCACUCGUGGAUAUGUAUGCUAAAUGUAGUGACAUAUUAGCAGCUAAGGAUAUUUUUUAUAGAAUGCCACGAAAGGAUGUGAUUUCUUGGACUUCAAUCAUAGUUGGGACUGCUCAACAUGGCAAAGCAGAGGAGGCAUUAACAUUAUAUGAUGAGAUGGUUCUUUCCAGAAUAAAGCCGAAUGAAGUGACUUUCGUUGGAUUACUUUAUGCUUGCAGUCAUGCCGGACUAGUUAGUAGAGGUCGCGAAUUAUUUAGGUCUAUGACAACUGAUUAUAGUAUCAAUCCUUCUCUCCAGCACUACACAUGUUUACUGGAUCUCCUGAGUCGCUCCGGACACCUUGAUGAGGCAGAAAAUCUACUCGACAAAAUACCAUUUAAACCCGAUGAGCCUACAUGGGCAUCGUUAUUGAGUGCAUGCAUGCGACAUAAUAAUCUGGAAAUGGGAGUUCGAAUUGCUGAUCGUGUGUUGGAUUUAAAACCUGAAGAUCCUUCGACAUACAUACUCUUAUCAAAUGUUUAUGCUGGAGCUGAAAUGUGGGGAAGUGUUUCGAAGGUGAGAAAGCUGAUGAGUUCUAUGGAAGUAAGAAAGGAACCAGGUUAUAGUAGUAUUGACUUUGGAAAGGAUAGCCAAGUAUUUCACGCUGGGGAGAGUUGUGAUCAUCCUAUGAAGAAUGAGAUUUGCAAUCUACUGAAGGAUUUGGAUGCAGAAAUGAGAAAAAGAGGCUAUGUUCCUAACACUAGCUUUGUUUUGUAUGACAUAGAGCAACAAGAGAAGGAAAAGCAGCUCUUUUGGCACAGUGAGAGAUUGGCUGUGGCUUAUGGACUUCUCAAGGCUGUUCCUGGGACGAUUAUUAGAAUAGUGAAAAAUCUUCGCAUUUGUGGAGAUUGUCAUAAUGUUUUGAAAUUCAUUAGUGAUAUUGUGAAAAGAGAAAUUAUGGUCCGGGACGCCACAAGAUAUCAUCAUUUCAAGGAAGGAAAAUGUUCUUGCAAUGAUUUCUGGUGACUCUGGGUAAUUUUACGGGAUCCUACUUCUACUUAUCUCAAAAAUUCUUUGUCCAAAAAGGUAUGAAGUGAAGUUCUUCAAUGCACUUUUAUGUAUUUUGGGACUAUGGGGUGGGGGGUUACCAAUCCAUAUUGCUAACAGAAGUAGAGAAAUUAUCAAAUCAUGUGAGUAACUUCCAAAUCAUCCAUAAAACAGCUUGAGUUCAAAAUUAGAUGCAUAUGUUUGCUUGAGUGUAGCAAACAUGAGAUGCAUGAGCUUCAAAAUUAGAGCAAAUUAGAGCUUGGAGGUCUCACAGUCUCGGCCAAAGGGACCCUCGAUCUUUCCGAGCAGUGAUAAGUCAAUCAUAAUCUUCUAACACAAUGAUUCAAGCUUGGUUAGGUUAAUAAUUCAAAUGGGAAAUACGUUUCAAGCAAGAGAGUUUGUACUUCAUUCAUGAAAAUUGUGAUUACAUUUAAUAGGAUAAAAGAUUUUAUA